AAUAACACUGUUGUAGUUGACAAUUGUAGUUUACUGUGUUUUCCUUGCAUAGCACUUUUCCGGGAUUGUGCAUAAAAAUUAAGGAAAAACAUUAAAAAAACAAAUAUAAAGAAGAAAUAAGCUGUGUGUUGUUUCUUGAGCGUGCUACAACAAUGAAGAAAGUAUUGAUGGUGGCGGAGAAGCCGUCUUUGGCGGCAUCGCUUGCUUCUAUUCUAUCAAAUGGGCGCAGCACGACAAAAAAAGCAUCAAAUAACUCUUGUUCAACGCAUGAGUGGGUUGGUCCAUUCCGUGAUGAACGCAGCGUACUCUUUCGCAUGACGUCAGUGUGCGGUCACGUCAUGUCACUAGAUUUCGUUGGUAAAUACAACUCUUGGGAUCGUGUUGAUCCAGCUGAACUAUUUGGCUGCCCAACCGAAAAGAAAGAAGCCAAUCCCAAACAACAUAUGCGCACAUUUUUAGCAUCAGAAGCGCGAGGCUGCGAAUAUUUAGUACUCUGGCUCGAUUGUGAUAAAGAGGGUGAGAAUAUUUGCUAUGAAGUGAUGGAUGCUGUGGCGCGUAUCAUACCAAAUGUAUACAGUCGCAAUGUAACAUAUCGCGCGCACUUCUCUGCCAUUACCGAAAAGGAUAUUAAAGGCGCUAUGGAGUCACUUGGUUAUCCCAAUGAGAAUGAAUCGAAGUCGGUGGAUGCGCGGCAAGAACUUGAUUUGCGCAUUGGCUGUGCAUUUACACGCUUCCAGACGAAAUUCUUCCAAGGACGCUAUGGAGAUUUGGAUUCUUCGUUGAUCUCGUAUGGCCCCUGUCAAACACCCACGUUAGGUUUUUGUGUAAAACGGCAUGACGAUAUACAAACAUUUAAACCGGAAAGUUUUUGGUAUCUACAAUUAUUGGCGGGACAACCAGAAAUUACAUUAGAAUGGGCGCGGGGGCGCGUAUUCAAAAAAGAGAUUGCUAUCAUGUUAAUGCAGCGUGUUAAGGAGCAAAAGGAAGCGAUGGUGGAGAGCGUAACUUCCAAAGAGCAGUUCAAAGGACGUCCGCAGGCUUUAAACACGGUCGAGUUGAUGCGUAUUUGUAGUUCCGGACUGGGUAUCGGUCCCUUUCAAGCCAUGCAAAUCGCUGAACGUUUAUAUACACAGGGCUAUAUAAGUUAUCCGCGUACAGAGACCAAUCAGUAUCCAGCAAAUUUCGAUUUGCAAGCCGUGCUACGUGUGCUGCAACCCUCCAACGAAUUUGGCGAAGAGGCGCGCGGUAUAUUGGGCGACUUCAAUGCGCCGCGUAAAGGCAAAGACGCCGGUGACCAUCCGCCCAUCACGCCCAUGAAGCUAGCCAACCGCAGCGAUUUCGAUAAAGACACAUGGCGCGUCUACGAUUUCAUUUGCCGUCACUUCUUGGGCACCGUAUCGCGUGAUUUGAAAUAUCGCACAACCACCGCCAAGCUGCGUGUCGGUUUGGAGACCUUUACGUGCACCGCAAACGUAUUACUCGACCCGGGUUUCACAAAAGUGAUGACUUGGCAGGCAUUCGGCCGUGACGAAGCUAUACCACCCUUUGUGGAGGGUGAAAAGGUCGCCAUAAACGAUGUACGCUUGGCGGAAUCUCAAACUGGACCACCGGACUACCUCACCGAGGCGGAGCUGAUCACACUUAUGGAGCAGCAUGGUAUUGGCACUGAUGCCUCCAUACCGGUGCAUAUCAACAACAUUUCACAGCGUAAUUAUGUGCGCAUCGAGACCGGACGUAAGCUGAUACCAACAACGUUGGGAAUCGUGCUGGUGCAUGGUUAUCAAAAGAUCGAUCCGGAACUCGUCUUACCCACAAUGCGUUCGGAGGUGGAGCGUAUGCUGACUCUUAUUGCCAAAGGCUCUGCCGAUUUUCAAGCUGUGCUCCGACAUGCCAUCGAAAUAUUCAGACUGAAGUUUUUGUUCUUCGUCAAAAACAUUGCCAGCAUGGAUGGUUUGUUUGAGGUUUCGUUCUCGCCAUUGGCCGAAACGGGCAAGGCGCAUUCGCGUUGUGGCAAGUGUCGCAGAUACAUGAAAUACAUACAAACAAAACCCGCGCGCUUGCAUUGCUCACACUGCGACGAAACAUAUUCGCUACCGAACGGCGGUAAUGUUAAGGUCUAUCGUGAAUUCAAAUGUCCGCUGGACGAUUUCGAGUUGUUGGCUUUCACCACCGGCGCCAAAGGACGUUCAUACCCAUUCUGCCCGUACUGCUACAAUCAUCCACCAUUCAGGGAUAUGCCGAAAAAUGGCGGUUGCAACUCUUGUACGCAUCCCACCUGCCCUCACUCGCUCAAUACGUUGGGUAUUUCCAGUUGUGUGGAGUGUGAACAUGGCAUACUCGUGCUGGACUGCACAUUGGCGCCCAGUUGGAAGUUGGGCUGCAAUCGUUGCGAUGUCAUAAUCAAUUGUUUCAAGGGCGCCACCAAAGUGGCGGUGGAGGAACAAAAGUGCACGGAAUGUGGCGCUCAGCUAGUCAAUGUCGUUUACAAAUCGGAUAAAACAAAAUUCAAGGACAGCAGUGAAGAGAAGAGCGGCUGCGUAUUCUGUUCUAACGAUUUUGCGCAUCUUGUGGAGAAACAUCGCGCGGUCGCAUCACGUCCCGUGAAUGUACGUGUUGGCGGACGUGGCGGUGGACGUGGUGGUGCUAAAGGUGGACGCGGUGGCGCAGGCGGCGGUGGACGUGGCGGACGCGGUCCACGUCAGCCAAAGGACAAAAUGGCGCAACUAGCUGCAUAUUUUGUUUAACUUGACGGACGGCAGCUUUGGCGUUGUAUGUGUAUAAUUAUGCAGUUGCAAGCGGUAGCAGCCGUUGGCAGCUAACAGAAAAUGCGUGUUGCAACUUAUGCAGUUUAAGCAAAUCAGUAGUUAAUGAAUUGUACAGUUUUGUCUUGUAUGACUUUUUAUAUAAAUUAUACAUAUAUACAUACAUACAUACAUGUAACGUUAACGUAUAAGUUCAAUGUAUACGUACUUGUAAUUGCAUUUACCAAAUAAUGAAGAAACUUAUAUAUACAUACAUACA